AUGUCGCAUGUAGCUCACGAAGCAUGUGGUGUCGAUGUUUUUCUUUGUUUUAAUCCCCAAUCGACGCAAUGUUCAUCCGUAGCAACGCUUAUCAAACAGCACUGUUCCACUCAAGAAAUCAUUUAUCGAGCAUCGGACAACAUUGAUUUCACUACGAAUUGGUACGAAUCGAUACCAAUUCAAAUUCUCCGCUCGAAAAUAUUCGUACCGAUCAUUGACGAGCAAUGGUACUCAUCAUUUUGGUGCUCAUGGAUGCUUUUAUUUGCAUUGGAACAUGACAGUAGUCAUAAUCUGCCAUUAAUAAUGCCUGUUAUUUUACCAUCAUAUGGUGAACGAGCAUCAGAAGCCUUAAUUGAAAAAUUAACAAAAAAAUACAAAGCAACGAUCCUUCUCAGUGAGCACGAGCCAAUUAAACAAUCACUUGAACCGUUGUUUAAACUUGUUGAAAUAACCAUCCAUACACCUGACUGGCUGUUAAAAAGCGACAAAUCCAAACGAUACGUCGACAGUGAACGUCCAUUGAUAUCCUCUGAGAUUAAUUUCUUAAACGAAAUGCGACAUAAAGAAAUCUUAUUGAUGAAAGAAUUAUCUUUACAACAAGAACAGAAAUUACCUCCAUCGAAGAAAUCUUCCAUGAAUCAACAUGUAGUAUUGUCUAUCCCAUACGAACAAUUAUCGGCAUUUGUAUUCUCUGCGAUCUAUGAAAACUUCCAUAUAACAUGGUUUGAUGUAGUUACUAUCGAUCAACGUCAGUAUUUCACAUUUAUUUGGAAUGAUAAUCAUCUCUUUCAAAAUCGUACGUCGGUUCUGUUUUACGAUCUCAAUCCGGCACAAUUCCAUGAAAUAACCUUGAAGAUGAAUCGUUCCGAAUUCGACUUAAUUCAUUUUGAUGUCUAUUGUCACAAGAAUGAAAAUAUGUUUCGUUACAUUUGUCUGUUCUUACGUCAUGAAUCGAAUAAAUCCUUCAAUAAGUUAUAUACACCUGUGAUUGAAUAUCGAUGGUUAAAUGAAAAGAAAUGCAAUGCAGUGAACAUCCGUCCAUUGUUAUUAUGUGGAAAUCUGUAUUAUUCAAAUUUAUUUACAUCGAAAGGUUACGAUCACAAUCGAUACCAUCGUAUAAAUCUAACGGAAAAUGAAUUACUUGAAGAACAUACGAAAGCGUUGAUCGAUAAUUUCAAGUUAGUUGAUUUGAAAGUUUAUCAUUUGAACAACGGCGAUUAUCGGUUUAUUGCUCUGUGGACAAAAGAACAAGAAGGUUCGUCGAUGGUUGUACUUGGUUUAACAUACCAUGAACUGAUCGAGCGAUUGAAUGAAAAACAAAUACGACCGAGUAUUAUCGCCAACUAUGGCUUAUUAGUUGAUGGACAACAAUGUUUUGCACUAGUUUGUAAUCAAUAUGACACUAUUCGAUGA